UGUCGCAGUCUUGUCCGUGUGCGUGUAUCUGCAAGGCUCUUGUAGUGUGUGAGGACUGUCUCAAAAGUGUGUACGCCCCCCGUGGCCGUCCUGAGAGCAAACGGAGGCUGUCGUUUCCCCCCCAGAGACCCCAAUGCAGAUGGUGCGAGCAGUGAGGGGAAAAGUUUAUGACAGCUCUGCUGUUGUCGGCUCGCGGCUGCCCCAUGGAGGCUUGCAGCUGUAGACUUUUAACCGGUCUGUUUGACUCAGUAAUGCACUUGUAUUGGACAGGGUCGCGUUCGGGAUUUAAUUUUGGAUCACAGUGAAUCCUGUACCAGUCUGAGUCACGCACUGGAUGCGUUUUGGGGUUUAUUGGACAUUUUUUCCCCACUGCAUUUCUGCGGACGUUCUCUGGAUAGCAGUUUUUAAGGAAGGUCUUUGGGUUUGGUCAUGGACGAGCAGGCUGGAAGCGUAGGCAACAGCCCUCAGCACGGCCGCGGAUCAGCCAGGCAGGACGUUUUCCGCUGCGGUUGGCUCCGGAAGCAAGGAGGCUUCGUGAAGACCUGGCACACGCGUUGGUUCGUCCUGCGAGGAGACCAGCUGUACUACUACAAAGAUGAGGACGAGACCAAAGCUUUGGGCACCAUUUCCCUACCUGGCAACAGAGUCACCGAACAUCCCAGCAAUGGGGAGGAAGGCGGAAAGUUCCUAUUUGAAGUCAUCCCAGGGGGCGACAGGGAGCGAAUGACAUCCAACCAUGAGACUUAUCUAUUUAUGGCCAGCACACAGAAUGACAUGGAGGAUUGGGUAAAGAGCAUCCGCAGGGUGAUAUGGGCUCCGUUUGGAGGAGGAAUCUUUGGUCAGAAGUUGGAAGAGACGGUUCGAUAUGAACGUCGUUAUGGCAACAAGAUGGCGCCCAUGCUGGUGGAGCAGUGUGUGGACUUCAUCCGCCACUGGGGUUUACGAGAAGAAGGGCUCUUCCGUUUGCCCGGACAAGCCAACCUCGUCAAAGAGCUUCAGGAUGCUUUCGACUGUGGAGAGAAGCCGUCUUUUGAUUGUAACACAGACGUUCACACCGUGGCAUCAUUGUUGAAGCUGUAUUUAAGAGAGCUGCCUGAGCCGGUCAUCCCGUUCUGUAAAUACGAAGAGUUUCUGGCCUGCACCAAACUCCUCAGUAAAGACCUGGAUGCAGGAAUGAAGGAAUUAAGAAGGCAAGUAGAAGGUCUACCUACGGUAAACUACAAUCUGCUUAAAUACAUAUGCAAAUUUUUGGAUGAAGUUCAGUCCUACUCAGGUGUGAAUAAAAUGAGUGUACAGAACCUGGCUACAGUCUUUGGGCCAAAUAUUCUGAGGCCAAAGUUUGAGGACCCAGUGACUAUAAUGGAAGGCACAGUACUGGUCCAGCAGCUGAUGGCCGUUCUGAUUGGUCAGCAUGAUGUUCUUUUCCCACCUGAUGAGGACCAUACUAGCACCCUGGAACUGGUUAAUAAUAACAAUAAUGAGACGCAGAAACGGCCUACGAAUGGCCAGCUACAAAACAAAGAGAACAAUAACACCAGUGGUGUGCGACAGUGCACUUGGGACGCACCCGAAUCACCCAGCCGGGCUCCUCUGGACAACGGCUCUCCCCGUUCGGGCAGCCCACGUAAUAGUUUUACAGGACAGCAUUUCGAGGUGGCCCGCAGUCCGCCACUAGCAGUGAAAAAGAACCCAGCGUUUAGCAAAGGGAGCGGGAUUGUCACCAACGGAUCGUUCAGCUCGUCAUCCCCAGUUGACGCCAAUCUGGAGAAAAGUCAGGCUCUUCCAAACAUGGGAACCCUUCAUGCCCGUCGGACGAGUGCGAUAAAAGGCUCGGGCACCAAAAUGGGUGUCCAGAAUGGCAUCGUUCGGAUGGGCGUAUCCAGCACGGACGUGACGAAUGGGACUCUAAAUGGACGGAAUGGACUCUGGGUGCCCAACGGUCAUGUCACGAUGCGCGAGGCUAAAAGUCGAGACGCCGAGCACCAGCAGAACCGCCUGUCCACGUACGACAACGUCCACAUACAUCAACAGCAGACCACACAGCUCAGUCUGAGCAGCAGCUGUGAGGACAAACAGAGCGUGGAUAGCGCCACAUGGUCCACCUCGUCUUGCGAGAUCUCCCUACCCAGAAACUCGACUUCUUGCCGCUCCUCCACAACCACGUGCCCAGAGCAGGACUUCUUUGGCAACAACUUUGAGGAUCCUUUGUUGGAUGGGCCAGUACAGGAGGACAACGGACCGGUGGUGGAUGAUAGGGAGCAGCGGACCAGUAACGGAGGAGGCCCGGGAAGCAGAGGAAACAGCAGCAGCGAUAACAGCGAAACGUUUGCCGUCACAAUUGGACCGACCAAUCACAGUGCACUGCAUAGCCUGGUUGCCAGUCUCAAACAGGAAAUGCUCAAGCAGAAGAAUGAAUACGAGGCCAGGAUUAAGAGUCUGGAACUUCGGAAUCUAGAGUUGGAGACGGUGAUGGCAAAUUUACACGAAGAGCUUGACCAGGAGAAGAAGAAAUACACCAUGGUGGAGAUUAAGCUGAGAAACGCAGAGCGAGCCAAGGACGAUGCGGAAAAGAGAAACGAGAUGUUGCAGAAAGAGAUGGAGCAGUUCUUUUCCACCUUCGGAGACCUGACCGCAGACCCGCGACGGCCCGACAGAGCCAACACCAUCUGGAUCCAGUGAGCCGUUAACAGUCUACCAUUAACAUUUCUCAAUGACCAGUCGUGUUAACAUUGUAUAGGCUUGUGUUCAGACAGAACGUGACUAAAUCAACCUUCACGGCAUCUUUGCACGUUUGGUGCAAAGGUUCGACACGGCUGAGCGAAGCCCAUUGAGCCAAAAUUUUCAGAACUGAAUGUGGACCAGUUGUUGGAUUGAACCAGUUGGAUCAUUAAAAGGGGUGAUGGGACGAUGCAGCUUGGAUGUUAAGGUGAGAUGAUUGUCAAACCGAAAAGAAGGUGAUUCUGACUCUAAAUAAUGACCUGAGAGUGAAUGGUAAGAGGAACUCUUGAUGAUUGUGGUUGAAUGUGACAGAGUGAAUUAAUUACACGAAUGAGCAUUGAGGUUUAGAUGAUUGGAAACUCCUGAAGGAUGACAGAAGCACGAAUGUCACUCGUAUUUCUUCUUGUGAUCCAACCAAAUGUGUCCUUGAGCUGUCAUGUAUCCUCUUGUGUAUAUAAAGUAAUAUUCCACAACGAAAAACAAAUGUCUGUAUAAAUGCAAAUUAAUGUUUAAUGUACGUACUGAUAUUUAAACUGAGAAUUGUCAAUGUGUUAUGUAUACAUUUUAUAUCAAGGCUUUUCCUUGCACUUAAAGCAUAUGAGUUGCUAUGUUGUUUUUCAGUAUGGUACGAUAUGAGAUGUGGCAAAUUUUUCAAUAUCAGUCUUCCCUGUUGCUUUUUUGCAUAAUUUAUCACUGUUCAUCAGUAUUAAAAAUAAUAU